AUGGAAAACAGAGGGCUGGUGGCCAGUCAAUUUCCUGACACGAGCAAUGUCAGGUUCCAGUCUCACAUUGAAGCUGCGGAGGUGGUUCUCAUGGAUCAUCAAGCUAUACUCGAGUUUCCGGAAUUUGUACAAGAUAAGAAGGAUCACCGGAAACUCAAUCACAUGGAACUCAACUUGUAUGAGGCUCUCCACUGUUUGAAGACAAUGACAGAGGUUGUUGCCAUUGUGUUAUAUGGUGGUACAGUCUCGCAUCCAUAUUCACAGAUGGUUUGCCGGCCAGGCACAGAGUCUCUCAAUGUGCUAGACUUGGGACAAUUACAGGAGGAAAUGAAACAGCACCUCAAACUCAUUUUUACCAAUCCCGAGCUGAUCUUUGGUGCUAAUCCCUGGUGUAAUCCUGCUGCUAUGGCUGCAGCAUUCAAACUUGCCUCCAAGCUUGAGCAUCUGCAUCCAAUCACACUAGCCCUAUUCCAGGGAGUACUCGACAAGUGGGAGUCAUUCACAACUGAAUUUGCGCCAGGAUUGGCCGGUGGUUGUGGACCAGACCUUCCGAAUUGGGAACACAAUGCCAGUACCCAAAGUCACUGGCAUCACACGAUUCAAGAGGCCUCGAGUGGAACAAUCGCAACAGGUCACGGGCUUAACCCAUCAUAUUCCACCGCUAUAACCUUCUACUCCAUGGAUGCGACGACAGUGAUUCACGAGCUUGAAGAUAUUUAUGACUGGCCUCCUCCUGUAGCGAAGCUCGCAGACUUACUUUCUCAGCCACUCCCAUCUUGGCUUGCCACCGGUCCAUACCCUUUCACGUCCCCUUGUGCCUCUGAUUCUGUAGAUAUUCUAUCUGGACAUCCAAAGGAUCGUAUAGUAACGACCGAGAAUUAUGAUUCUGGCGGCUCUACGUCUUUGAAAGUCGUGUUUGACUUGGUCAUGACGGCCUCGUCUGAUUUACGCACCCUCAGUGGCAGCGUUGCAUACGGUUGUCCUCGCCCCACCAUUCCAAUUUGGAUCACAAUGCUUAAGCAUCUAUUUCUCCAUUGCUCGGAACACAUAUCGAUACUUGAAGAUGAAUAUUUUGUCAGGCCACGCGCGCCUCAUUCGCAGGAUGUUUCCUCCAGUGGUCCAAUCACCGACGGCUUUGCAUCACUUAUUAUAGCCCACUAUGUCGAUCGAGCGGAUGAAGAUCAAGACACUGGCUCAGCAUGUCACUCCUCACAAGACAGCUGUACGAGCUCUUCUAGCGAUGACAAUUCUUCUCAUGUACGAGACGAAAACUAUGGGGAUAACGGCGAAAUUACGAAGAAGAGGAAGGCAAACACGAGUAGCUCAAAGAAUCAUUCUUUGAAGUUUCCUAUCCACGCCCAUCUUCUUCCCACACGCGGUCGCCAUCUCUCCGCCGUCCUCCCGAUUAUUGCGGUUGCUGACGAAUAUAAUAUCAUCCCUCUCAUGUCAAGUAUGCUUUACCAACGUCGUGUUUGGCACAUCGACCAACCAGUUAUCGGAAUUAUUUUCCAAGGGACUGGAACUGUUGGCCAAGUCUUAUUUGGUUGGCUGGAUCACGAUUCUGGGACUAGCGGAGAUUUGCCUGGGGUCCAUAUCGCAUGUGCCAGCCCAAACUCUCAGCCUAAGGCGUCAUUAGGCAUAUUCGAUUUAACCGACCCAGUGGCCGCCAUAUCAUUGGCCCAAUUUGUGCUUGGAUUAUCGUCGUAUUUCAAGGACCUUAUCAACGCUACAUCAGUAACGUCUGUCGAUGCGGAUCCUUCCCUGCACUGGAGAUCAGAUCUCAUCGAUAUCUCCUCUGAAUCAGGAGAACAAUGGAAGGAGCGAGUUUCAAGCCUAGCUGCUGGUCCCCAACUAAGUCUUCGAGAAAUCUGCAUACUAUUCAAGAGGAAGGACACAAUGAACCCAGAGGCUCCAAGUCUCUUCGCAGCAGUGUCAAACAUGGUGGUACUCAAAGUGACCACAAAAGAUAAAAGCCCCGCUGGAAAUCAGCUUUCUGUCGACAAGUACUCCGCAAGCAAAGAGUCGAAAACAAAUGUAUCAAACUCUAGUUUUGCGAUGAAGAGUGAGAAUGGCUUAGAUGAAGAAUUAUCGAUUACGAAUUGGCUUUUUGAUAGAAGAGCUCUCACGAUCGGUAGAAUCUUGUUAGCAGAUCUUGCUCGAGACCCUGAAUCGGAACAAGAUUCGGAACACAAAGAGAUUAACGAAAAAAUCAAAUUUUACGACGAGACGACUAAAUUUUGCUGGCCAAGCAGCUGGAAAACAUUGAGUGACCUACCUGGAUCAGACCUUAGCAUUGAAGGGCAUCGUAGAAUGCUUUUUGAAAAUUAUAAUAACUAUGUUCAGGCUGGCAACGAGGUUCCAGACCUGGAGACCAAAAUCAUGGAACUCCUCUCCAGUCGGUUCUCCUCUAUGUUGUCAUCUUCCGAUGGUGCAUAUACUCGAGCUCUUGCAGCGGCGAAACGUAAUUCUAAUGAAGCUGAACGCCGCCAUGAUUGGGACAAUCUGUUACUCAAAUUUUUCACGACCUCGAAGUACACUGGUAGCACAAACCGUGAUGUGUUGCUGGAACGUGUUUUAAAUGCACCUCGAAAUAUAGCCCUUGACGCGAUGAGGACUUCUGCUGCUGAUCACGUGCGAGAGCGCUCUGCGCUAGCAAGUCAAUAUGCAUUACAUUGCAGCUUGGCAGACUUCAGCGUCGCUUCUCAAGCUCUUCAGGCGCUUAACCAGUCUGCUUCAUUUGUCGAGCAAGUCAAGGGUGAUAUAGAGGCCCGCUUGCUCGAUGCCCUCGAACGUCGCACCAACCAAGAACCAACACGUGGAAAAUGUGAUGCAAUUCUAGUCGUACCCCUUGAAGGCGUCUGCGCUAAGAUCGUUAAAAUCCUUGGCCAGUCCGAAGGCAGGAAGUUCGUGAAAAAUCUUGCUUUGAUAGCACAUCCUGGUGCGGAAAAGUCGGCAUCUGGGACUGGGAAGAACGACAGAGCAAACUCGGACUCAGCUCGACAUCUGACCGUUGAGCCUCAGCCAUCAUCGGUCACGGACAACAGCAAAUCAACUUCCUAUCCCUCCUUGCACAAUGUCUUCACGGCAACUGUUCCGAGACCACCCUCCGAGUCCUCGGAAACCCUGUCGAAAGAUGUCGUUCAGCUUCAGGCAGCCCAGGACGGGGAAAUAGACAAUGAUUUAUUAUUGCCAGUCCUUACCGUGGAGUACAAGAAAAAAGAUGUUACUACGACAUUCAAGGCUUUGAACCAGUCUCGAAUGUAUACGGUUUCAGCACUGUAUUUUCUGAGAUCCUUGGGGAUCGUUGAUUUUCCGCUUUUUGGCCUAGUCACGUCUGGAUCUGAAGGAGCAGUAUCAAUGGCUUGGUACUCGUCCAAGCAACAAAAAUUUUUUUUAAUGGAGCGGAACUUCCAGUUAUAUGACAUUUCAGACCCGCUCCAAGUUUACGAGUUUUCUGUAGUUCUUCUUCGCAUUGCUGAACAUGGUCAGAAGCUCAAAGUGAAGCUGCAAGAAAUGCUGAGCAAAAUUGAUGAGCGAAGCAAAAUUAAAACAUUCAACCACUGGUCUAAUUUGGCUCAGCCAAAAGAACUGUAGUAUAUCUCAAACCAUAUCUAUAGGCUUGCAUAGCAUCACUGUCACAUUUGUACAUAUCUUGUAUUUGUAUUUGUAGACAUGUCUGAACACCUGCAUAAAA